GUUUCGUGGGCUACUUUGGCUAUGGGUUGCGAACUGAGACACUUGCAGGCUACGACUUUAGCAACAUACGAAAGAUGGCCGCUCAACAAGCUCAAGGAGAGGCUAAAUUUUCAUCCGAACAGCCGGGGGCGGAAAGCGAAAAUCAUCGCACCGCAUCUACGCGGGGAUCGCACAUCAAGAAUGCGGGACGAGAGGAGCCGGACGCUUUCUGGUCCUACGUGA